AUGGGUGAUCAAAGUGGGGAAGAAAGUGCGCGAAAUUCAUUGGAAAGUUUGUUGAGAUCGGUGAAUAAUUGGCCUGUAAAGAAAGUUAGCAGCUUGCAGUUAGAUGCAUCUGGUGAUCCUGAACCACGCAGUUUAUCUGAUUUGAAUGCUUCUCUACAAAAGCUGCUCAUAGAUUCGGAUUCAAACAGCAUUACAUCUAGUAGCAGACGUUUAUCGGCUGAUGUUACGACAUCAGUAACUGAUGGACAGCAAAUGAAAGAAAGUAAUCAUGAUGAUGAUUUUUUCGAAAUGGUUUCCCGAUUGCAGUCAAAACGACUCAACGACCAACGUUGUGAUCCAAUAAUUCUGAGUGAUUUAACAAAUCACUCUAAAAACAUUACUCGACAAUCAGAUACCAUUGUCCACAAUUCAGGGAAAGAAGAGGGAAGAUAUUCUGGAUCUAAGCAUCGGUUGUCAUCGCUUUUUGGACGUGUGGGAAAAGCUGCUCGAAGACAAAGUUUAUUAAUGUCUACUUCGUUUUUUCCUUCCAUCACUUCAACACCUCGAAGUACCAUAUCUUCGAAAAAGCAAUACAUACUUACUGAUGAAAGCAAUCAUCGAUUACAAAGCAAAUUGCAGCCAUCCCCAUCAUAUUUAACUCGUACUUCGAAUCCGACAAUACCAGUAGACGAAAAUAUUGGAAGUGUGAAUGAUAAUGAUACAUCCAGCACAUCACAAGUAACGACUUCAUCGGAAUUUCGAGUUCCUGUUCCACCGCCACGUAAUAAAGCAAGCCGUAAUCGAGCCCUUUCAUUGAAUUCUGUUUCUUUAAGCCACAAAAAUGGUGCGGAAGGAAUGCUUGAUUUGAUUGCUAGUUUGCAAGGCCGUCGAAUGGAAGAACAACGAGCUCACUUAUCUGUUCAACCAGAAUCGAUAGUGUUAUCGGUUCCAAAUAACAGUGAUGAAAGAAGUAUUGCUCGGAAAAGUAUGGGAGAUAAUGCUCCAUCUUCAUUAUCAGACCAUGAAAGAACACGAUUGGAAGAUGCUGGUAAUCUGUAUGAGAUGGUAAUUCGUAGUCAGAGAGGUCGCCUGGAGGAGCAGCGAAGUGAACUACCAGUUAUGCCUAAAAGUAUACCUGCAGAAGAUGUUUCCAGAAUUGUUAUGUCUAUGCAGAAAGGACGGAUUGAAACACAACGUGCUGUGCUUAACCCACGUCCACAGCGCUAA